CAUCCUGUGAGGCAAAAAUCAAGAGAUUCACGCAGUUCGAUAGUGCUUGCACGAAGUUACAGAACAAGGAAGCUGUUAAACUUAAGAGCCCAACCUAAGUUUAUUAAGUUUUCAGUAAAAAAAAUACUGAAUUAAAAGUGCAGUAAAAUGGCUUUGGCAACAGUCCGAAGACUCUUAAUAAGUGAAACUGUUGAUCCUUGUUGCCAGCAGAUUUUGCAAGAAAAUGGCAUUGAAGUUACGGAGAAACAAAAUCUGAGCAAAGAUGAACUGAUUGCUGAAAUCAAGGGCUAUGAGGGACUUAUAGUUCGUUCUGCCACCAAGGUCACUGCUGAUGUCAUCAAUGCUGCCGAAAACUUGAAGAUCAUAGGCAGGGCAGGGACUGGUGUAGAUAAUGUGGAUGUGGAGGCAGCAACAAAGAAAGGCAUCAUUGUCAUGAAUACUCCCAGUGGCAAUACCACCAGUGCUGCCGAGCUGACCUGUGGAAUGAUCGUAAGUCUAUCCAGGCAAAUCCCGCAAGCUGUUAUGUCGAUGAAAACUGGAAACUGGGACCGUAAAAAGUUCAUAGGGGCAGAGCUAUAUGGCAAAACUCUUGGAAUUGUGGGUCUUGGGAGAAUUGGAAAGGAAGUAGCUAUUCGAAUGCAGUCUUUUGGAAUGAAGACUAUAGGCUAUGAUCCUAUAAUUCCUCCUGAAGUCACCUCCACAUUUGGAGUUGAACAGAUGUCCCUUGAGAGACUGUGGCCACUUUGUGAUUAUAUCACUGUUCACACACCUUUAAUGCCUUCUACGACAGGGUUGUUAAAUGAUGAAAGUUUUGCCAAAUGUAGAAAGGGAGUAAAGGUCAUUAAUUGUGCCAGGGGCGGUAUUAUAGACGAGGCUGCUCUACUGCGAGCUCUGGAGUCUGGGCAGUGUGGCGGAGCAGGACUGGACGUGUUUAUUGACGAACCUCCUAAGGAUUGGUCGCUUGUAAACCACCCUGGUGUGGUUAGCUGCCCUCACCUCGGGGCCAGCACCAAGGAGGCCCAAAUUCGCUGCGGGAGAGACAUCGCAACACAGAUUGUUGAAAUGGUGCAGGGCAAAUCCUUAAUCGGGGCUGUGAAUGCACAGGCCCUUACAGCUGCUGUAGCUCCUGAAUCUAGGCCUUGGAUUAAGCUGGGAGAAGCAUUGGGUUCAGUGGCCAAAGCUUGCACUGGACAAGUGAAAAGUCAAGUACAGAUUACAACAUUGGGACAAUCCCUAAAGAAUGCGGCUGGCUAUCUGAGCGCUGCAGUGGUCUCCGGACUGCUUCAGGAUAGCUCAAAGAGUGCUGUUAACCUGGUGAAUGCACUACCCCUGGCAAAGGAAGCUGGAUUAACUAUCGCCAGUCACCACAGUGAUGCAGCACCGAUGUUGGCUCAAAGUGCAUGUGCAGUAGAAAUAUCUGCAAACAGUGUCUCUCACAAAGUAGUGGGGUCGGUUCAAGGAGAUGUUCCUGUCCUGUUGGAGCUCAGUGGAGGGCUUUUCAGACAGCCAGUCCCUCUCACUGGCAACCUGAUCUUUUUUAAGGCUUUGGCAAACCCUCAGCUUCUGCCUUCUGUUGCAGGUGUGCUAGCGGCUGCUGGUCUUCAGGUGGAGUUGUUCAGCACCUCUGCAGCAAUCGCAGGAGAGCAGUGGUGCAGUGUGGGAGUUUCUUCGUUAUUAGGAGACCUGAACACAUUGAAAGUACAUGUAAAAGAAGCACUGCAGCUAUCCCUGUAGAUUCCAGUGGUGCCUUUCACAUCAUUCCAUAGGUGUCCUUAAUGUUCCGUGACACAUUAAUAGUGCUGUUUGAUUGACAGAUUCCUUGGUUUGGUUAGUAAUUCAAUGUGCAUGAACCGUGGCUAAGUCCCUUAGAGCUUUGCUUUAGUUUUCCAGGCUUUAUUUUCACUUUGACUUGGGUCAGUUUUUAGGGUCGUCAUUCAAAUUGUCUGUCUGUCAUCCUCUGCAUGGCAAAACCGAUAAAUGCAUUGAAUUUUUUUUUUUGUCAUCUUCUCAGGACUUUUAUCCUAGACCCCAAGCCUCCUGUAAACCUUUCAAAUUGCUUUUGGGUAUAACCUAAUAGUCUGUUGAUUUUAUGUACAGAUUUUACACUGGUUCCUAUCACGUCGCUAUACAUUUCUAUCUUAUCUCAUUGGAAGCUAUGUGGGGUCAGGUGGGCGUGAGUAAACCAAGCAUUUCCGUCAAUGAUUUUUUAAUAAUCUAAACUGACAUGUCUGUCUAAAGACACCAAGUUUACAAGUAGGCCGCAGCAAUAUUUAGAUCUGCUAUUUUGAUCACUGAAAUAGACACCAUAGACGUGGCAGGAGAAAGGACUUCACCCCAGACAAAGUUACUAUGACUACCAAUGUUAAAUGUUUGAAGAAUGUACUAUGUUAAGUGUUAAUACCAAAACAUUAAUAAAAAUUAGUUUAGCUUUA